AUGAUUGAUAUUUUGAGUUUUAAUGAAGAGUAUAUGCCUGCAUUUCAAUUGGUGUUUGGUCGAACUUUGAUCUGCCAGAAUUUGGACUCGGCGAUAGAAAUAGCCAAACGAGAAGGAUUUGAUUGCAUAACUCUUGAUGGUUCAAAAGAUUGCCAGUCAACUAGAAUGGCAAUUUCAUCCCUUCGAAGUGAACUUGGGACCGAACUCUCGUCACAAUUGGCUUUAGAUGAUCAAAUUGAGAUUAACAAAAUGAAUAAAAUGAUUCAAGAUGCAUCCAGUGAAAGUAAACAUGUUUUAUCCCAACGAACUGCGGUUGGUUACAAUUUGAAGCUAAUGUCUGUGCAGGCAAAGGAAAAGGAGAUGAGAGAGAAAAUUGAAGUUGUGGCCAAAGAACUUGAUAAAAUUUCCUCGAAGUAUAAGCUUAUUGUAAAGAGAAAAGAGGAAUGUGUUUCAAAGAUUCAAAAAUUAGGAGCUCUUCCGUCUGAAGCAUACGAAAGUAAUCAAAAUCAGAAUCAGCGACAACUCUUUGCUGCAUUGGAGGAAUGUAAUUCCCAGUUGAAGCAAUAUACUCACGUCAACAAAAAGGCUUUGGAUCAAUUUGUCGACUUUACGAGUCAAAGGGAGCAUCUUUUGAACAGAAAAGAAGAUGUGGACAAGUCCUAUCAAGUAAUUAAUUUUUCAACAAUAUUAGCAAUAACCGAUCUCAUUAAUUCUCUCAACAUUCGUAAAUUUGAUGCAAUUAACUACACGUUUCUUCAAGUUUCAGAACAUUUCACUGAAAUUUUCAAACAGUUGGUACCUCAAGGGAAUGCUAUUCUGGUCAUGAAGAAGGGUUCUGAUGUUUUUGACAAUACUCAGGUAUUCAUUGUUGUUUCUUUCUCUGGAAAUUCUGCGGAUAUGCGGGAUAUGCAUCAAUUGAGUGGAGGACAAAAGUCUUUAGUUGCUCUGACGUUUAUUUUUGCAAUUCAAAAAUGUGACCCUGCCCCAUUUUACUUGUUUGAUGAGAUUGACCAGGCUUUGGAUCCUCAACACAGAAAAGCAGUAUCGGGUUCUUCUGAGUUUAUGUUAUUUUCAGAAAUGAUUGAGAAGCUUUCUGAGAACGCGCAGUUUAUAACAACAACAUUUAGACCUGAAUUUAUUGAAAAUUCCGACAAGAUUUAUGGCGUUUCCUUUCGUAAUAAGGUGGAAUUUUGA